AUGGCAUAUCCAAAGCCAGAGAGCAUGGAUGACCCGAGCUGUAGACAUGAAGGGCAGACAGCGAGUAAAUUUAUACUGGCGUACGCGUAUUCAUAUGCAGAGGAAGGAUUGACAUAA